AUGGUUCCAUCAGGACGAGGAUACGGCGCAGGAAGCAUGCCAACUGGCGAUUACAUGAACAUGAGCAAUGUCAACGCAGAGUUCAUGAAGAUUGAAAAUCCCUACAAUGGCUUGCCUGCUCAGCCGAACUCCCUGCAUGCGUCCCCUCACACGCCGUACAUGGGUUCCUUCAACGGCCCGGCGUUUGAGAGCAGGCCAGAUCUUCAGCCUCCCGACUGCGACUCCCAAUUGACCAUGACUCCUCAGCACCAGAAUGCAAGCCGAUCGCCAUCCCAGACAGACUCUCCGUCCCGACGACUAUCCCCUCACAGACGAACAGAAUCAAUCGCUAGCAUCGCCAGCGCUGCAAGCAUUGCAAGUAUCAACAUCGAGGAGACAAAAACUGAGACCGGAGUGAACCCUGAAGAUAUCGCACAGUUUAUAGAGGGACCAGACCCAACUGACGGCAAGUGGCUUUGCUUGUAUGAUGACUGUGGCAAGCGUUUCGGGCGAAAGGAGAAUAUCAAGUCUCACGUCCAGACGCAUCUUAAUGACCGCCAGUAUCAAUGCCCAAACUGCAAGAAGUGCUUUGUUCGUCAGCAUGACUUGAAGAGACACGCCAAGAUACACACUGGGAUCAAGCCUUACCCCUGCGAAUGUGGUAACAGUUUUGCUCGCCACGAUGCAUUGACUCGUCACCGACAGAGAGGCAUGUGUAUUGGUGCAUUCGAUGGGAUUGUACGCAAAGUUGUCAAGCGUGGUCGUCCAAGAAAGAACCGACCUGACAUGGACUCUCGUCUUGACAAGUCUUCUCGCACCAGAAACAAGAACAGGGCAACAGGAUCACCUUCCUCGUCAUCGUCGCAAUCCGGAUACUCUGACAGCUCCGCAGCCAAUUCGCCGAUGAAUGACUUUGACAUGCUUGACGACAAGCCUUUUGCUGAGAUUAUGGAAGCCGGCAUGGCUGAGGUAGAGAGGUCAUCACCAAUCUCAACGACAAUGCCAAUGAACCCGACUGCCUUAAGCGUCUCAACUGCGCCAAUGCCGAAUCUUGCAAUGAGCAGCGCUGAGAUGAAUGAGGUCCUCGCCGUCUGCUCACCUGAGCACAUUGCAUCGCCUUCUGCCAUGAGCCACUACUCCCAUGUAUCUCACGUGUCGAUCGCGAAUGGUGAAGUGGUCGCUGUCGACGGACUCCCAGUCGUGGGACCAUCGUCACCCGCUAAGAGUGUUGCCAGCCACUAUACACAUCAACCCGGCACACCACCAGAGCUUUCCGCAUCUAGCUCUCCUCCUCCAUCAAGCAGCACCCGAUACUUUGAUCUCGACCCGAACUCUAGCGGCACUGAUAUGUCUAUUGGACUCGGCACAACUAUGAUGGGCCGCACCAGCAUUGGUGGCACCAGCGGAGCAGACUUUGGCAACAUUUCUGGCCUAUCUCUCAACAUGGAUGACGACUCGCUUCUUCAGGCUUUCACAAACGAGGACGGACUUGUGCAACUCGACCGUGAAUUUUCAAUGACUGGCAAAUUUGAGGACGAAUAUGACCCGGUCAACAUGUUUACAAACUCUGACGACGUGUUUUUCGGAGAUUCCUAG